CAUCUCGCGGCACCAGUCGUCGAAUGUCCUCCUCUUGGUUGAGUGCGGGGGUUUUCUCGUGUCUUUUUCCUCAUCGUCGUCGUGGUCUACGCCGCGUCGUGCUUGUUGUUUGCCGUCGCCAAAUCGCUUUUGCUGGUCGUCGCGGAUUUGCCGUGUGCGGUGAGCGGAUUCACGCGCGCCUUUCUGCUCUUUCUCUUAUGGUAAAAUCGCAAAUAAUAAUGAUAAAAAAUACCAAACAGAAAUAACACCGUAGGUACUCCGCCAAUCUUGACGCGCGGUCCAGGAACGGAGGAAACUCGCGCGCGGAUACGAGAGCAACAACAACAAAAAAGCGUAAGCAACACAUUUUAACACAUAAGCCUGCCGCUGUGCCACUCGCAUGAAAAUGUAUGAAAAUCUUUUUCACUUCAACCUUACACCAAGAGCGGCGUGUUGACCAGCUCGCAGUUUCGUGUGUGAAAUUUGCUCGACGCGCCAAUCUCUUGCAUUGCGUCGCGUUACCUGCUUGUGUUUCGUGUGUCUUGUGCUGGGACUCUGGGACCAUCGUCGUGCGGAUCAUAGUGAGCCGUGGUGGGAUUGGAUUGUUUUUGGUAAACUGACAGUGCCUACUAUACUCCUAUAUGGUUGCUAACUCGAAACGGUCGGUCGUUCGCGGCUCGGUCCAUCAACAUACCGAGUGUUGUCUUGCCCUGUCGCCUGUCCGGCCGCGGCGUGGAUUUCAAUCCAACAGUCGUGACACGUACCGUGAUUCGCGAGCAAUCCAAUUGCUCGCCGAUGUGUGAGGGUUUUGUUGGUUUUCCGUCGCCCGCGUCAAAUUCGCCCCAACGAAAUCGCGUUGAGUGUUACGAUUCUGGGUAAAACAAAAUCCUGCCACCAUUCGUAACGACCCGCUUAAUGACGGUCACGACCAGCAUCAGCACUGUGUUUUAAGGGCGCCUUGUACUCGCGUUGAAUUUAGAUUUUAAUUAUCAUCCCAAACGCGCACGCUGUGGGAGUGAACGACGAUGAUGAUCAAAAUCCAACAGAAUAAAAUCAAAGCGGGCUGUCUGUGACUCGUGAAACUUCCAAUGCCUGCUGUGAUGAGGCAAAUAAAUAUGUGUGUGAGCUCAGUUCGUCCAUCCUUAAUCUACGCUGUUUCAAGUGAAGUGAUUAAAGAGAUUGCUGAAAACAGUUGAAAAUUUGCGAUUUGUUACGGCCGGUUGGAACUGCACUGUGUACGCUGGCUUGAGAAAAGGAAAAGGAUCGAUAACAAAUGUGAGAUGUGAUGUGAUGUAAAGAAAACACAAUUAACACAAAAUCAGCAAUAUAUUGAUUCAAGAGACCUCCGUGACGUGUGUGUUAAGAAAAAAAAAUGAAGCUCAAUGUUUUCAGCUAAACAAUCCAAUCAAUAAAUACUACGCUGGUGAGGAGCAGCUUCUGGUCCCUUUUCGUGGAAUUGGCAUCGAAGAAAGAAUCCUGUUCGUUCGGGGGAACAAUAAAACUGCCAUAUCCUGUCGGGAGGAAAAUGUGAUGCCUGCUCCUUGUGUAAGAAGAUAUCUUUUUUAGUUCUGUGGAAUCUGUGCCGGAAUAGAGGGAAAAUUCCUGCGUACGAGCUGGGUUUUUUUUCGGUCGUUCUUGUACAUCCCUGCUACGGGUUUGACAAACGAGAAAGUGGGGAAAAAUCGAUAAGGACCGAAAUUGUUUUCGGACAAAUUCAGCUCAACUGAAGCGAAAAACUCACAAGUUCGUUUUUUUUCUAGUUUCGAUUUGCUAGCUGGCUCUAUUCUCUAGCUUUCUUUUUUUGUGAUAAAACACUGAAGUGCUUGCGUGGUUUGGUGGGAAGAUAUAGCUUGUCUUGAAAGUGCGGGACUUCUGGAAGCUGUGCGGAAGAAGAAAAAUAACAUUAUGGGGGAUGAAUAGGAAGUAGCAACUGAACACAGCACCGAAUAACAAAAGGACUAGGCGAGUUUGGGGGGAAAAAGAAAGCCAGAAAGAAAGUGGACGCUGCCAAGGGACACACGGAGAGAAAAAUCACAGCUUGGAGUGUAAUAAUGAAUUUGGUAAAUUUUUACGUCAAUCUGCGGGUGUGAGAGCUGCUGGCUUUGCUGCUCGAAGAGUGCCUGCGGGUGCUGCCAGGUUGGGUUUACUCCCACCAUUUAUCUGGAUCCUGAACCAUCCAUUCCAUUCUCAUCGAAGCGGUGGGGAAGAAGAAGGAUCAGAAGACCGAAGGAGGCGGUGGGUGUUUUUGCGUGGGUGGAAAAUCAACGCGCCAGUGGAGGUGGUGAAAUGUAAGUGUCGAUUCCACCACUAUAUCACCACACAUCCAGUUGCUCUGCCCGGUCCUUCGCUUGAAGUCUUGCUACAGCUUGCUUAGAUCGUUUUCCACCCACUCUUCUUUAUUGGCGCUAUGUGCGGUGUUGUGUUGGCAUCGCCUACUGCUGGGGAAGGAGUCGGAUUAUGGCACAGUAGUGGUGAGUUUAUAAGGGACAAAAUGUACUAAUGAUUCUAUAGAACUUCUGUCACACGAACGGCAAGAAGGUAAACGACACAAAAAAAUCAACUACAUAAAACUUCGAGGAGACUGACAAAGGCGAAGCACCGCAACCAAAGUGUGGCCCUAUUGCGCAUAAAUUGAAAGCAUAUUUACCGCACUCGCCUGCUUCGAUAGCGACCAUCUUCCACGGUGCUGUAUUAGUGUGAAAUAAUAUUAAAUUACAUUACACUUGGACUAUCGACACUGGUGUGAGUGUGUCAACCGCGGACGCAACACCAUACGGGAGAAAAUCAAUAUCAUAAGCAUAACAAACGGAGCACACACGCACACACUCAAAGUGGCAGCAACUAAAAGAAAAAUCCUCCUGAAGAGGGGGCGCGCAUAAAGAAUAAUAAACAUCAGAAUCAAAAGAAAAUAAAUAACAAAUCCACUACACACAAACCCACCCUUUGAGCUGUUGAGCAAGUAAGGUAUGACGAAACGAAAAGAGGCUUACAAGUAAGCGACUUUAAUACAAGAAGAGCUCCAACAACAAAACUGAACUCGGAAAGUGACGAUAAAACAAGCCUGCUUCGAAAUAAUCGGAAUCACCUCUCAAUCCCCCCUUUUUUCCGAAACCCAAUCUCGCACACACUAAUCCGUCGCCGAGUCGAGUCGUCGUCCGGUUCUCGGAACAAGAAAGAAAAGUUGAUCUUCGUCUUUGUCGCCUUCGUCGUACUAUUCCGGAGACUACCAGCUUGUUUUUUUUUUUGGACUGCUCUCACUCACUUCUUAGCGCGAAGUCGACGACAACUUCACACAAAAGUGUUUUUCCCUCUAAUCCAGUGCCAAGUGUGGUACCGAUUGGCUGUGACACACCAAUCCGCGACGAUUAUAACACAAAAUAGAGGGAGUGGCCUGAGCCGUUGUCGUCUCGUCGUCCGUUUUCAAACCACCCACCACCACUACCAGCAGCCGCACACCCAACCCAAGGAAAAGGCUCCGUACCGUACGCAAACAUAUAACGUCAACAAAACGCUCCGUGGCUGAGAGUGUGUGAGUUCAAGCGUGUGUGCGAGCGAGAGAGCGGCAUCGCGAGCGAGGGGUGCGGCCGACACCAGUUCAACACGAAAGGUGUGAUUACAGACACCAAAAACCAGACACCAAGCGCUUAGUUUGUCGCAGCAGCGGUAACCAGUUCAUACACGGCCGGCGUGAAGUUAGCAUCGUUGUUGUUGUUGUAGUUUUUGUUUCGGUUUUUCCUCUCACUCUCGAGUGAUUUUCUCGCAGCCUCCCCCCCGCCCCUCGCAAUACCACAGCACACACCUCUCGAGCGCGUGCACACACUACUCGUGAAAGGAUCUACCAGCCAGCCAUCCUUAAGCGAUCCCCACCCCCGCUCGUCCGUCGUCCCCCCACUAACUGGAUCACACACGUGCCGCCACACCUCUCCCGCCGUCCGUCUGUCGAUUGGGAGAGUGCGAUCCCAAAAGUUGGGCGACCCGCGCGCGAGUGUAUCACGAUAAUUCACGACACAGCACGCACUUUUUCACGGCUGCUUCUACGGUGUGGCCACCGAUUCGGAUUAUCCGCCAUUCGAUUUCGCACAGGGUCGCGUUCUCGCGCGGUGUAGGACGAGCCCCGCGGGGUACUGAGUGCAAUAAUUCGCGCGAAUCGGAAAGUGGAGAGCUUUCGCGCGGAUUUUGUGGAAUUUCGGGAUAAAUCAACAGAACAGAACCCGGAGUCUGUGUGUGCAUAGUAGUAGAUAGAAACCGAAGGAAAGAGGCGCGCCGAACUGAAAGCCGCAAACCGUCGAGCGUCGAGGAGGCCCAAUUCGUUGUAGUUGCUGUAGGUGCCGGGUUUUGUAACACGCCGGGUUUGUAACACAGAGAAGUGGUGCAAGGAUAUUUACCGCAGGGGAUUUCGCGCGACGCGUGUUUAGCUAAAACGCGAGUAAAAUGAUCAAUUAUUAAUCGCACCAAAUUAAAAUACAACUGUUCCCGCCAGAAGAACGUGGUUCUCGAUUCAUGGCGCCUCGGAAUACCAAACGACGUCGAAAGUGAGUGGUGUUUCAGUGAAUGAUGUAAGAGAAUUACCAUGCAUAAAUCAUCAACCGAAAUUGAUUACCGUGAACGCACUGAGAAUUUACAUUGAGCCGCCAAGAGAGCAAAAGAAAAAAAAAUCCAUUCGAGAAAAAAGUGUCAUUUGGCAAAGAAGCCUAGUUAGAGUUUAAAAGUGAACGAAACCGAAUAAAAAUUAGUGUGUUAAGUGUGUGAUUUAGUCACAGAUUAAGCCGACGCUCCGUGGAAAACAGAAAGUGACGAAGACGACGACGACGACAUACGCCGAGUGUUCUCCCCGGUGAUGUUGUAAUGAGAUACGACGGUCAAGAAUUACUCCAAUCUGACGAAUUCAGUAGGCCGGCCAAGGGAAUGGCCUAUCAUCCAUUCCUGCAGCUACCGAGACCGACUGACUUCAGCGUGUCUUCGCUGUUGACUGCGGGCUCACCGCCCGAAGGACAGAACUCGCCGAGUGCCGGUGCCGGUGCUGCUGCGGCCGCCGCGACUGCUGCUGCUGCCGCUGCUGCUACGGCGAAUCCCGCUGCCCCAUACUUUCCGGCCGCAGCACUAGCCGCCCUAUCGGGUGCCCCGGGAGGGCAUCAACCGCCGCUCUAUCCGGGGGCACUGCUACCCAAGUUACCACCGCACCAUCCGCAUCCGCACCAUCCUCUCGGGACGGCUUACACCACAGCCGAAGACGUAGUGCUGGCCGCGGUAGCAGCCCAUCAGCACCAUCCGGCCAUGAGGCCGCUCAGGGCUUUCCAGCCCGAAGACGAUGGGGUCGUUGACGAUCCCAAGGUGACCCUCGAGGGUAAGGAACUGUUCGAGAAGUUCCACAAGCUAGGCACGGAGAUGGUCAUCACCAAAAGUGGCAGGAAACCAGAGAUUCACACUGUGGAAUCCACAAACAGCGGACCAGCUGGCAGCGGUAUCAUUAACAAUGCUCUUUGGAUGCGGUUUUUCUAUGUUUCCGGAAGGAUCAUCUAUACGACUCGCAAGGCAAUUGGUACAAGCUGA